GCCUUACCUUCAACAUCGUCGUUAACGAACAACAUGGCGGCAUUGGUUCCCGUUUUGGUCGCCGGCCUCGCCAUCUUCGGAGGCUUCAACUACGCUCCCACAGUCAAGAGGUCAAUCGCCCUUGCAGGAAUCGGACGCGAGAAGCUAAACACCCCCGUGGCUCAAGCCGGAGACUUGAUCUACAUUGACGACACAAUUCAUUGCGAAGAUAUCCAUUACCACGAACCAAGUGGCCUCCUCUUCACGGCUUGUGAAGACAAUGAAGAGAACCGUGCUGAAUGGUUCCCCGGCCUCGGAAACCUCAAAGAUCCACUGGUGGGAAGCAAGCAAAAGGGCUCUAUUCACGUCAUCAAUCCUAAGGAUAUGACCCAAAAACGACUCAGGUUUGAGAACUUUGACUCGACCUAUGUUACCCAUGGCAUCGAUGUCAUCACGGACCCCAAGAGGGCCGAUGCAGUCUACAUCUUCGCCGUCAACCAUGUACCACAUCCAGACUACCUUGCAACCAAGAUUGGAAGCCAGGACGCUCAGCAAGUCACCCAAAAGUCUCAAUCGCGCGUUGAAAUCUUUCAUCAUAUCCUCGGAUCAUCCACCGCCAAGCACCUGCGAACCGUUAUUCACCCGCUGGUCAAGACUCCCAACGAUAUCUUCAUCAAAGACCCGUACUCAUUCUAUGUGACCAACGAUCAUUACUAUGCCGACGGUGUCGGAAGACAUGUUGAGGAUAUAUGGCCGGGUACAACCUGGACCGACACCAUCUACGUUCACAUCGAGGAGAUGUCGUCUUUGGUUCCUACAGAAGGCAUCAAGGCCGAGGUGGCUCUCUCGGGAAUCCGCAACAAUAACGGCCUAGGCCACAGUCGGCAGACCGGAGAAAUUCUAGUUGUCAACUGCGCCGGCGGUGAGAUGCUCAUCGGCGAGCUAUCUUCAGACCCGAAGAACACCACCAUCAACAUCAUCGAGUCCGUCCAGGUGGACUCAUAUAUCGAUAACCCCAGCUAUUUUGACGACCCAUACAAGACUGACGUCUUCGACGCUAGCGGCUUCGUUCUCCCUGGCCUUACGCGGCCUGUCGAUAUCCCGAAGCAAGUUCACAAUACUACAUCGGACAUUGGGUCGAUUGUGUGGUAUGCCAAGCCAGCUGCGGGCAGCAACGGAGGCUAUGAGAAGAGAGUAGUAUUUGAGGAUGAUGGCACGAGGGCCAGAUCAGCAGCGGCGGCUGUCUUGGUCGCUAUUGAUCCGGCUCAAGAGAAGGGAGAGAGAAGGGCAUGGCUCUUUGUCACUGGCUUCAUGGCUGGCAGUGUUGUUGCCGUCAAGAUUGACCUUUGAGGGCGCGACGGAUGAUCAAGGAGCAGGCCCCAUGUUCACAGCACCCAGGAAAGACUGAAGCAAUGGGGAUAGUAUCGAUCGAUUUGCAUGGAUGGAGUCACUCGCUGGCACAGCUCAGGAAAGAUGAUUUGCAGAGUCGGG